UCUCCCUCUGCCCCCCUAUGUCUCUCGCCCCCUCUCUCUCCCCCUCUCUGCAGUGCAAGGCCCUGGAGCAGAAGCUGGAGGAGGAGCGGGUGUUCACCGAGUACGAGCAGGUGCCCAAGCGGCGGGCGGAGGGCGGGCCGGCCACCGCCACGCUGGCCGACAACAGCGAGCGCAACCGCUUCCGGGACGUGGUCCCAUACGAGGAGAACCGCGUGGAGCUGGUGCCCAACAAGGAGAACAACACGGGCUACAUCAACGCCUCGCACGUCAAGGUGACCAUCAGCGGUGAGGAGUGGCACUACAUCGCCACCCAGGGGCCGCUCGCCAACACCUGUGCCGACUUCUGGCAGAUGGUCUGGGAGCAGGGCGUCAACGUCAUCGCCAUGGUGACCGGCGAGGAGGAAGGGGGCCGGUCCAAGAGCCAUCGCUAUUGGCCCAAGCUGGGCUCCAAGCACAACUCGGCCACCCACGGGAAGUUCAAGGUCACCACCAAGUUCCGCACCGACUCCGGUUGCUACGCCACCACGGGGUUAAAGGUCAAGCACCUCCUGUCGGGCCAGGAGCGGACCGUCUGGCACCUGCAGUACACCGACUGGCCCGAGCACGGCUGUCCCGAAUACGUCCAGGGGUUCCUCUCCUACCUGGAGGAGAUCCAGUCGGUGCGACGCCACACAAACUCCAUGCUGGACACCUCCAAGAGCCUGAACCCCCCGGUGGUGGUGCACUGCAGUGCGGGCGUGGGCCGCAGCGGCGUGGUCAUCCUCACCGAGCUCAUGAUCAGCUGCCUGGAGCACAACCAGGCGGUGGAGGUCCCCACCAUGCUGUCUGGCCUCCGGCAGCAGAGGAUGCUGAUGGUCCAGACCAUCGCCCAGUACCAGUUUGUUUACCAGGUGCUCAUCCAGUUCCUCAAGAACUCCCGCCUCAUCUGAACCAAUGAACCCGUGAUGUCAUGUGUGACCGUCGACCCUAACCAGAAAAAAAUCCUUUUCGGUUUGGGUUUAUUUAAUAUCGGUUAUAUUUAGAUUGACAGACACGUUAAAAUGUUGGGCAUUAAUGUUGGCCAGGCUAAGAAGGAGAGGCUCUGCGUUGGUCUGUCUAGAUAACAGGACUCUACCUGUGUGGUGCUGUACACGUCUGUGAUUCUCCUUCCUUCGCUCUAAUGUUAGGCGUGCUGAUGUAGUACCCUCCCCCGCCAACAGGAGGAGCCUGCGGGUCGUUGAAAGAGAGUAGAGAAACACCGCAAGGCAGAGAGACGUUAAACAAAAACUAAGGUUUAACGACGUUAUAGUAAUUGCAUUCCAGGAAAUACAAUUGAUGACAUAAUUUAUUUAGUACAAUAUGAUUUUUAGAAACAAAGUCCCCCGUUUCAGAUCAAACAAAUCAUGUGUCAAGUUACAUAAUCCACGAUGAGCUGUAACUACACACAGAUGGUUAAACAAAUUAUGGAAUCAAUUAGGUAUCAAUAUUUAACAGGUUAUUGCUUCAAGUCUCAACAUUUCAUGACGUUUCAGUUCUACCGUUAUUUAUUAUCUUUCGAAGCAUCAUUUCAAGAAUAAUUUCAUAAUUUCACCUUAACCGAUGCUAUAACUUUUUAAUCUUGCUUGCGCACCGUUUUAAUUUGAAUAGUGUGGCUUUUUAAUAUUAAUAACUCUUAAUUUACAUCAGACUUACUGUAUUCUCAUUAAGCAUUUGUUAGCUAAAUGUGUACAAUACAAUUCCCUCACACAUACACACACACAAACGUAACAUACCACACAUCCAUGUUAUUUAUCUAACUUAAAAGAAAAGAUAUGAACUUAUCUUAAACCUCUUUGUUCAUCGAGUUCAACAUUAGCAAAGUCAACAACAUUAAGUAACAAUGGUAGCUGUUGUUGUAGUUUGGUCUAUGGAGAACCAGAUCGCCAUGGAGACAACGUUGCUCCGAUGACAAAGAAACAGCUCCAAAAUGGAGGGGACGGUUUCUUUGUCUGUUUAACACUGUUUGUGCCUUAUUGACAUUUCUAAAACAAAAGAGAGGGAGUCACUUACUGGUAUUCCUUGUAGCUUAGUUGUAAAAAUGAUCAAUGUUAGUACUAAAACCCCCAGUGUUUGACACACUAUGCGUUCAGUUCUGUAGACAAAAUCAUAACAUUUCACCAUGGACUCUAUGGUUUUGCAGUUACUUGACCUCUCAUGGCUUCUAACCAUUGCCUCCUUUCUGAUAAAGUCUAUGGUAGAAAGCCAGGGAAUUAUUUUCAUUUAGGUCAUCAAGGUGGCCAUUUGUAUUUUUGCUACCAACACCAACGUUGUGUCAGAAAAAGGCGGCCAUUUCCUAGAGCGACUGAUUGAUUCAAACCCACAAAGUAUAGCGUAACCACGUGCCGAAAUCUGUAUACAAAAUAGCCACACUCAGUAGCAGUUCAUUAUGUACGACUGGCUCUAUUAACCGGUUGUAUUCUUUUCAAACGUAAUGCAAAGCCAGCCAUGUCCAAAGUAUCUCUGUACAUAACGGACGUGAAAAAAAAAAGAUUUCUACGAAUGUCUUUUUAUUACUUUUGUUAUUAUUUUUCGACUUGGUACCCCUAAGCUACCGUAAGAUAAUAAUAUACUAUGCAUGCUUUUUUUUAUACUCCCUGUAUAUAAAGUAUCCUUCAUCAGAUCAGUAUCGGCUUCAAGCUUCACGGCUGAACUCUUGGCGACAAUAUUUCUCACCUACUGCAUUCCACUUGUUUUGUUUAUUUUCACACAAUAUUUUGGCAAAAUAUCUGGACGGCUUUCAAAAAUUGUAUUGUGUAAAUAUGUUUUGUAUAUGCUUUUUUUUAUUGCAUUAUUGCAUAUUGUAUAUGUCUUUUCUCCCCUCCCCCCCCCCUUCCAAUCAUGUACAAGCUUUCAAACUUGCCCAUAAUACAAUAAAGCCUUAUUUUCUCUAA